AUGGGGAAGGCUUUACUGUUGCUCCUGCAGCUCAGCCUGGCACGCGCGGCCUCCUUGGUUGCGCCGGUGCCCGACGACGCAUCCUCAGGAGCGGAGAUACCCGAACUUCUGAGUCUGGGUGUGGCGGUGGGGGGGAGGUGGGGGCAGUUGGUGUCCGGCAAGACGGUGGGGCCCUUCACUGUUGGGUCAAAUGUCAACCUCACAUGCUUCCUAGAAUAUCCAAGCUUGGAUGUGACGGAACUGCGAUGGUUGCACAACAAAUCCCUAGUCGAGGACCAGGAGGAAGAUAUUUACGAAGACGCCGUUGCGACGACGAUGCAAAUCACAAACAUGACGAUGAAGGAUAAUGGUCGGAGUUUCUCGUGUCGUUACGGGUUUUUAAGAGAACGUCACGUUUUCCUGCUUGUCAUCACUGCAGGAAGCUCUGAUGACACUCACAGCAGAGCCAGCAUGCCCGUGAUCAUGUUGUUCGCCUUCAUCCUCGUCCUGCCCAUCAUCGUCAUGUUCAUGCGAGCCAGAGAAGGAGCCGUCACUAUUUAACCAUCAUCGUCAUGUUCAUGCGAGCCAGAGAAGGAGCCGUCACUAUUUAACCAUCAUCGUCCUGCCCAUCAUCGUCAUGUUUAUGCGAGCCAGAGAAGGAGCCGUCACUAUUUAACCAUCAUCGUCCUGCCCAUCAUCGUCAUGUUUAUGCGAGCCAGAGAAGGAGCCGUCACUAUUUAGCCAUCAUCGUCCUGCCCAUCAUCGUCAUGUUCAUUCGAGCAAGAGAAAGAGCCGUCACUAUUUAACCAUCAUCGUCCUGCCAUCAUCGUCAUGUUCAUUCGAGCAAGAGAAAGAGCCGUCACUAUUUAAACAUCAUCACCAGCCCGUCAUCGUCAUGUGAGCAUAAGAAGGAGCCGUCACCAUGUAACCAUC